GCUUGCUAUGUGCAAGCUUAACACGGCAAUAGCGAGAAAGAGGAAAGGAAAGGAUUCUAACUUUAAACUUCCGAAACUCCUUUUAAUUAAUACCAGCUGAAUGUGAUACUUCCUUUACUUCGAGCCUUUUGCAUUCCCCAAAACCAUAAUGAAGCAAAUGACGCUAGCUGUGAUUCUCCUCGCUACUUCAGCCGUUGCACUUUCACCCCGUGAUCCAUGCAAGCUCCCACGAGUGAAGGGUAAAUGCAGAGAUUCCCUCAAGAGAUAUUACUUCCAUUACAAAAAAUCCAAAUGCGUAAAGUUCUUUUACAGUGGAUGUGGUGGUAAUGCCAACAACUUUCGAACGAAACAAGAGUGCAAGAAAACGUGUUAUCUAGGAAGCGGUGAUCCGUGUACACUUCCGAAAGAUAAAGGCCCUUGCAAAGCACGUAUACCACGCUGGUACUACAAUGGCAAAAAAUGCAAAAGAUUCAUCUACGGUGGAUGUGGAGCAAAUGGCAACAAUUUUGAAACAAAAAAAGAAUGCAAAAGAGCGUGUUCCAAAGGCAAACAACAGCUGCCAGCUCUGGCAGCUAAAACGGCCCUUACCCCAUCAGGCAUGAAGUCAAACUGGGCUUCGAAAACAGAAACGGGCAACACAUUCUAUGCUGCUUCAAGUCUGUGCCACACUUCAUCAGCCGUAUUGUGGAGGGCCAGUCUCUCAGCAACCUAUGACCAAAUGUUUUCAGUGGGGACAGAUCUGGAGACCGUGAAAGCUAGGACAGCAAUCGAGUAUCCUAUGUAUCGAGCAAGGCCAGAACACGACGUGGAAUAUGUGGUCUUGCAUUAUCUUGUUGGAAAAUGGUUUUUGCAUCCCCUAAAAGUCAUGAUGAAGCAAAUGAUGCUAGCUGUGGUUCUCCUUGCUACUGUAAACGUUUCACUUUCAUAUAUUACAGCGCAUGGUCCAUGCCAGCUAGCACGAGUGAAGGGUAAAUGCAAAGGUUUCUUCAAGAGAUAUUACUUCGAGUACGAAACUUUCAAAUGCGAGUCGUUCUUUUACGGUGGAUGUGGUGGUAAUGCGAACAACUUUGAAACGAAAGAACAGUGCAUGAAAACGUGUUAUCCUCUAUUUCUAGCAGAAAUUGAAGAUCCAUGCGAACUUCUUCCAGAGAAGGGUCCAUGCCCAUCAAAAGUCGAAAGAUAUUACUACAAUGGAAAAUCGUGCGAAAAGUUCAUUUACGGUGGAUGUGGUGGAAAUACGAAUAAUUUUAAAACAAAAGAAGAUUGCAUGAAACUGUGCCCUCUGGAUCCUAAAAACAAAAAACAUCCAUGUCUACUUGCACGAGUGCAGGGCAAAUGCCGGGCUCAAAUUCCAAGAUAUUACUUCAAUCAAGAAAUAUUCAAAUGCCUAAAAUUCACAUACAGCGGAUGCGGUGGAAAUGCUAAUAGUUUUAGCACCAAAGAAGAGUGCAUGAGUAUUUGUUAUACUUUUUUUCUCAAAAAGAGUUUCUCCUUUGCAGAAUGAGGAGCAAAAGCAUAAAUACACAAGUCGAUGAGCACUCUAUUUCAGGAUACAAGCAUUUGUAUUAUGCAGAAGUUUCAGUUUUACUUUCGAAUAUUUACCGCAAUAUUUCUGUCACUACUACUUUGAAAUCUUAUGUUUUUUUCAAUAAAAAUUUUUUUUUCGUUUA